GUCUAAGCGCUCUUUCACAUGGUCAGGAUAUUUAUCCGUCCGUAUGAUCGCCCGGCCGGGCAGCACCCUGGAGCUCUCUUCACACGGGUGGACGGGUGUGUGCGAAAAUCCGGACCACUUUUUGCUAGGCACUUCAGUUUGCCGCUGAUUAUGAUGGACAGUAGACGCAAAACGAUUUUGUUCGCUUUAUUAAAACAUCGGCGAAAAAAACAACGUAAUAGGCAAAUUUGGGUUCACCCUUUGCUAGAAAGCAGAUACCUGUAAGGAGCAUUCUUUGUGCUUUUUCAACAACUGAAAGAAGACGAAACUAAGUUUUUAAAUUAUUUUCGUAUGAGCGUUUCUUCUUUUGAUGAGUUGCUGCAACGUGUGCAGACACAGCUACAAAGACAAGAUACAAAUAUGAGGAAUUGCAUCCAACCUGAACAAAUGUUGGCUGUUACAUUAAGGUACCUGGCUAGUGGAUGUAGCUUUACAGAUCUGUAUUAUAGCUAUCGAUUGGGAAUUUCUACAAUUUCAAAAAUUGUUCGAGAGGUCUGUGACAUUCUUUGGUCGUGCUUAGCUGAAGAAUGUAUUCCGAAACUUACGAAAGAACGUUUUGAGUCAGUAGCUGCUGGAUUCGAAAAACGAGCGAAUUUUUUCCACUGCAUUAUUGCUGUGGACGGGAAACACAUUAGAAUUGUAAAACCCGAGUUUAGUGGUUCCUUAUACUAUAAUUAUAAGUCCUAUUUCUCAGUUGUGUUGAUGGCAGUUGCUGACUCGAAUUAUCGGUUCAUUUAUGUUGAUGUAGGUGCAUAUGGGAGUGAGUGUGAUUCAAGUAUAUUCAACGAAAGCAGUUUGUGGAAGAGUAUACAAAAAAAGUCCUUGGAAUUGCCAUCUGCAAAGCCUCUACCUGGUUCUGAAGCUCCAAACGUACCUUAUUUUCUCAUAGGAGAUGAAGCUUUUGGAUUAAAUAUUAAUCUACUACGGCCUUUUGGAGGAAAGGAACUUUCACAGAAGAAAAGGAUUUUCAAUUAUCGCCUCAGCCGAGCCAGGAGAUAUGUUGAGUGUUCCUUUGGUAUACUGACAAACAAAUGGAGAAUUCUUCAUCGAUCUUUGAAUGUUAAUACAGAUUUUGCCGUUAGUAUUUUGAAAGCUUGUGUAGUGCUUCACAAUUUCGUGAGAGAAAGAGAUGGCUAUAACUUCGAGGAUACCAUGACAGUUGUGGGUAUGAAUGAUUUGCCAGCACAAGCAAAUAUGCAAGGUGGAAGGGCAGCUAAUAAUAUCAGAAAUGUUCUAAGUGACUAUUUUCUAACUGAAGUAGGCAAAGUAUCAUGGCAGUUGUCGAAAAUUUAGGAAUCUUGUUUUAUUUAUUAUAUAAUUAUACUAUUACCCAACCAUAACAUAUGUUUAGUUCAAUGUUCAUAAGAAAUAAGAGGCAAAUAAUAAAAUAAC